AUGUGGCUCCUGAUCAUCUCUUGUACAAUAAUUCUCGUUUCGAAAUUCUCCUUGGCAACAAUUGAUAUUCAAGCAUACAAUAGUUUUCAUUUGGAAGAUCAAUGUCAAACUUUGGGUGAUACAUGUCAACAAACGACUGACUGUUGUUCAGAUUUAACUUGUUAUCCUGUUGAAAAUCAAAAGCUUUGUUUGCCAUUUAACAAACGAAUGAAACGUUAUGCAGAGGAUUUCAUUAUUCCACCGUAUUACAAUCCGAGAAAUCAUCUCUAUCCGUAUGGAAUCAACAUGCCACCAUUUCCGUUUUACAAUGCCUACGGAACAAAACCAUCGAAAACCUAUCACAGAAAAUGGGAUCAUUGUCAAUUUCAUGAAGAUUGUGGCGAAAGCAAUUGUUGUUAUGUUCAUUUCCGAUUUCGUAGUUUACCAAAAUCAUUCUGUCGGCCGAAUCGAAAUCCGAAGAGUCAACUUUGCGAGCCGCUUACGAAAUAUCGUUCAUUGAAAGAUAUUCCAGCUUGGAAACAAGAGCAACAGCAGAUUCAAAACGCUCAGCAACAACAGCCAACAUUUCCAUUACGUACUUCGUAUUUAGGGCGAUAG